UUGUGACUAUUUGAGUUUGCCGGCAAAAGAAGGAUCUUCCCCCUGACUCGAACGCACAUUUUUUUUUCUUUCUUCCCCCCACUCCGUGUGCCUUGAGAGUCACCUUCGAUUUGGAUUCUCCGGCCGGCAAAACAGCGACACCCCAAGCUUCUCCUGAUGAUGAGAGCAGACGUCAGACUGGUUUGCAUGAAUAUUGAUGUGGAGGAUAGUCUGUUUCAUAGAAGAACAGAAGGAGGCAAGAUGGCUGCCCUUUAGGAUUUGUUACAGGGGGAGAUCCAGACAGUUCGGUGGAAUUUCUACAAAGUGGAAGGACGUGAACGAAGGACGCAGAGAGGGCAGCCUGUGAAUGGACUCUGAGCAGGCCAGAUGGAAACAGACCAGACCAGACAUGAGACGGAAGAAAGUUUGACAUUAAAGAAAAUUGGCACAUCCAGCAACAACUCAAACAAACUCCAGAAUGGAGACUUCUUUUCAGAUGGGGAGCCUCUUCAAAUUACUGGCGACACAAACUGGAACAAUUACAAGCCCAGCACCGUUGCCAAUUCCAUGACCAGGCAAAACGAAACCUGCAAUGACCCCGGAUCAGUACAAGGGCUGCUGGAUCAGGGAUCCUUUCUUUUGAACGGAGAGUUGAUGAAUGGAGAUUUCAAGCAUGUACUUUCUGAACAGUCAUUCCUGGCUAGCCAGCCAAAGAAAUUUAAAGGAGCUUCAGAGACCUCUGAAUUGAAAAUCAAUGCAGAGUUUGAAUGCAAGGCUCAGGCAGAGACAAAAUUAGGAAACAGGAAUUGUACAAUUCCGAAUGGAGAUCAUUUUCCUCCGCCAAGAAAUAAACACGUUUCAAUUAACGGUGCUGUACUCGCCACCUCCACAAUAGGAAGUACACCAGGUGAUCUUUUACAGAAAACUUUGUCUCAGUAUUAUCCUGAGCAAGUAUCAAUUGCACCACAAAGGUCUGGGACCCAAGAUGCUAUGAAUGAUCCCCUAAAUAAUAAACUCCCUGGUGAAGAUCUCAUACCUUCCACUUUCACUUCAGAUUUUCCCAAUUCCGCUCAGAUGCUCGAAACGCAACCGCGACAGCCUGGGACAUCUGGUAUUGUGGAGAAUGCCAAUAAUUUGAACUCUUUAAACUACAUCGUCAAUGGAUACUUGAACAAUCAUGAAAUAGAUUACCAGCAGAAAAAACAACAGCAGCAACAUCUUCCACCGCCUUGCACUGCCCACGAACGAUCUCUUGAUCAACUCACUGGCAUGGUUUCAUCAUCAAAUAUGGCCAACUCCCUGCAACAACAUCAAAAUGGCCUCCAGCGCUAUAAUAAUGACACAAGUCCUCACCAAACAUAUGAAAAUGUGGACCACAAUUUGGAUCAAAACAGUUUUAAGGAGCGCAAUACUCUACAGACAACUGAUGCAGUACUGGCGAAUUAUAGAUCAUCACCAGUCCCUGGAAUACAGAACAUGGUGCAAUGCGGAAAACCAGGGUCUGGUCAUGCUCAACAGUUUGGGAUUCAACCCAGGAACUUUCAACAGAAUUUUGGAAACUUUCAUGGAACUGACAACAGCAUGGGUACUAAGGGACUCCAUCCACAGCAGCAAAUUCAGGCAAGAUUAGACGAUAGUCUGGAUAGCACAACCCAGCAAACGGGCAACUUGUGUUCAACUCUCCGUCAGGACAUCUGGAUGGAACAGAAUCCUUCAAAGCAACAGACAAGUGAUAGGUCUUCCCAGGGAGAGAAAGAAAAGAGGGGAUUCUCGGCCAGCGUUCUAUCAGACCAACAGAGACGUAGCCUCCAGUUUCAGGGUCAGAUUAUGGAGGCAAGCACUGUACAAAGGUUUGAGUCACCGGGAAUGUUCAAAGAAAACAUUCAGGGGUCUAACAGUAUACAGGAACAACAAGCUAUUUUUUUAGGCCAACCACACUGUGCUUCAGCCCGUAACAAAAAUGAAUCAGAGUGGCAGGAAUCAAAUUCUAACACAGAUGUAAUACAGCAGCCUCCACCCCAGAUAAAGCACGAACAAAAGGCCGGGGGACAUUAUCACAACCCCGUGCAGUCCGAGCACUUACAUGACAACCCUGAACUGCAGGACGCAUUGUCGCCUGGUUUUUUCACGACGCAGCAACAGCAGCACUGUAAUCUUCCACGUCCACUGUCUCACCCGCCGCAAUUGAAAGAACAGCAACUUAAGUCUCCCAUUUACAGACCUCACAGUCAGCCUCAGCCAAGUCAAGUUCAACUUAACCAGCAACACAGAAACAACUCUGCACAGCCCAGUAGUCACUUGUGCUACAAGAACGCAACAGAUAUUCAAAUGGGUCAAAGAUCGUUUUCGCCAAACUCAGGCAGCAGCGAUCCCAGGCAAUUUCCACCGCAGCAACCCAAUAGCUGUCAAUCGGCAAAUAAUACCAACUCCCCACAGACGUCUACACAGUCACAACCGUAUUUGCCACAAAGUGCAAUAAACCAACAGAUAACACAUAUGCAUCCAAAGACUGAACAUCAGCUGAAAGCGUGUUCUCAGUUACAAAGGGCGUCUCACCUGCGAUCGCCAAUUCCCCACAGGGACUUACAGAAGCAUGAAGCUCUACGGACGCACCUGCUACAAAGGCAAGAAAGACAGGGCCCUCCCCAUUCUACACAAAGCACUAGGGAUAGUAAUUACGGCCUCACACAUAUAAAAAUUGAAAAUGGAACCAGAUUUAAUUUGCCUGGCUGGUCACAGCAGAAACCGGGCGGAUUGCAAAUCAAGCAAGAGAAUCAACAAUCUGUAUGCGAGAAUACUAGGCAGAACAAUAUCCUGGCCUCCAUGGAACAAAGUCUGAAACAGUACCAACUACCCUCUGUAUUUGAGAAGAAAUCUUUCGUCAUUAAUUCAAAUAAAAUCAAAGUGGAAUCUUCCGGGCCCGUCACGAUUCUGUCAACCAACGCUGACAUGUGUAAAGUGGAAGCAUCGGGAGCUGCUAUACCCAUGACAGGUUUAAAAAGAACGCCUGACUCCACGCCCAAGAAAGAACAACUUCUCCAGAGAUUCAUGGAUUCUCCGAUGAAGCUAUUUGAUACCCCAAUAAAAAGUCUACUUGAUACGCCUAUUAAAACACAAUAUGAAAUCGCAUCCUGUCACUGUGUUGAACAAAUUAGUGAAAAGGAUGAGGGCCCAUACUAUACUCACCUCGGAUCAGCAGCUACAGUUGCUGGUAUACGGGAGGAGAUGGAGAGACGAUCUGGUUUAAAUGGUCAAGCCAUCAGGAUGGAGAAAGUGGUGUACACCGGCAAGGAAGGAAAAAGUACACAGGGGUGUCCUAUUGCAAAAUGGGUGAUCCGCCGAGCCAGUGUCGAAGAAAAGCUGCUGGUGUUGGUUCGAGAACGCACUGGACACAACUGUGACACGGCCUGCAUAAUCGUGGCAAUCCUGGUCUGGGAGGGCAUCCACCCCAGCCUAGCUGACAAACUCUACCUCGAGCUAAGUGAAACUCUAACAAAGCAUGGAGCCCUCACCCAAAGACGAUGUGCUCUCAAUGAAGAGUAUUAUUUGGAAAGACGAGACACCAUCAGCGUUAGACAUCCUAAGGCUUUGUGAGCGGAUUUCCUUGACCACGGGUUGCCAAUUACCACUGGAGCAGGAUUGUAAAACUGCUGCAUGGCAAGAAGUCUUCCUGUCCUGACUGCUGUUAAACCCAAAUUUGAGAGGAUUUAUCACAAUCACGUUGCUCCAAAACCAUAGUAGAAUUCAUGCUAUUCAAUUGCAAUUUUUUUAAACAGGUGCUUUUUUAGACAAACCACGUAAUGACAGUCUUGCUACUACAAUGGCUGAUGAAAACACAUUUUCUUGAGUAAACAUUCGCACAAAACCAGGUAAAGUAUCCAGAGGGGCUGCAUUGGAACACAGAAUCCACAAAAAAUAAAUUCAGUGAAUAGUUCUGAGAGUGAUAAAGCUUUACUUCUACUGACCUUAGGUUGUUGAGCAUCAUAAUCUUCCCACUAAAGCCUUUGAACAACCUAAAAUCGGUACAGGAAAAGCUUUAUCCCUCUCCGAAGCACCCGCUGAACUGAACAUUUUUUUACGCUUAGUUCCAGUGUGCAGCACAUGAUGGCGGCGCGCACGGGCGCAGUUGGCUUAUCACUCUCCUUAUCAGUGAUUUUACUUGUAUUUUGUCUGUGUUUUUCUGGCCACUUUGCUUACGUACGUUUUGGCACUCUGCUGCUACAAACGCCAGGAAGUUUUGGACUUCGGAUACAGACACAAAAUAGUUUCAAGCGACUUUCAGCACCGACAUAACAUUCCAGACGAGAUAACGAGACUGCCGUGGAUUGUUGUCGGGCCGGUGAAGCAGCGCAGGCAGAAGAGGGAGAGGACGCAAAAGCGGGGGCCGUCGGUCCGGCUUCCUGCUAAGGCUAAAGAACAAUCCGCAUAGGCCACCUCUUCCAAGCCUGUACCUCACUAACGCCAGAUCCUUUGCCAACAAAAUGGAUUAUCUGGAAUUACAACUAGCAGAUAAUCGCUGUGUUCGUGACUGCUGCGUCCUCAUCAUAAUGGAGACGUGCCUUCACAGGAACAUUUCCGAUGCCAGUGUGCAGCUAGAAGACCGCACUCCACACCACUCGGAUCGGACUAAGGACUUUGGUAAAAGCAGAGGAGGACUUGUGCAUGUCAGGGAUUAAAUCCAGAUGCAUGUGGAGCGUCAUUCUCUUUCGG